AUGCAGAUAAACAAAUAUUACGAUAUCAAGUUAACAGUCAAGAAGAGGGAGCUCAGUGGAACCUUUGUGCAACGAGUCGAGAUUGUCGAUGGAACACCUCUCUAUGCUGAAAUAGAGUAAGCGGUACUUAAGUUAUUGUUCCCUGUAUCGAUCGUUUUUGUACUGUGUACGUUAAAAUCCCCUUGUUAAAUGGUCUGAAAACGCUAAGAAUUAUUUUUUCCAUAACAAGAGAUACUGUCGUAUAGCAUCGUGGGUCUCUUCAUUGCGAGUUCAGCUGAGUGUCUACGAUAUAUUUCGUUCGUGGAGGGUAACGUUUGCCACAUGUCCAUGUUCACGGAUAUGACAAUGAGGUUAUUUUUUCACCGCACGAUAAGGAAAGUAUGAAUUUUAAAACAAUAACUUUCACAAAUUAUCAAACAAAACUUCUGGUCAUAAUUGAGUUAGAACUACUACCACAGUUGAAACUUGAUUUUUUUGCUUUGAUGUUGCGCAAACAAAGAAAAAGGCAAAAAGGGUUCUUGAAACUAAAUAUUAACAAUAACUUUCACAAAUUAUCGAACAAAACUUCUGCUUAUAAUCAAAUUAUAACUACUACCACAGUUGAAACUUGAUUUUUUUGCUUUGAUGUUGCACACACACACAAAAAAAUGCAAGUGUCGCAGGCAAAAGGGAACCUUAUUAUGCUCUUAACACUAGCCAGAACUUAUUUUAAAGACCGAACCAUUCAUAAAGAGAUUGUUUAUCAACACUCUCAGACCAACUCAGUCACGUUCAAAACUUCUUUAAUUAUUCUGAGAAAUGAAUUUGAUCAAAAUUUGGGAAAUUUUCUCAAGUCUUCUCAGGUUUGAAUUGAUAUUUGGCCAGUCGCUUUCGAAUUAUGAGAAUGACCCAUAUUAUUGGCCUAUAACAUCUUGGAUUUCAGGAGACUUACUUUUUUCAUAUUCAUUUUGCAGUUGUCUAAUGAAUUGUGGACUGGAGGUCAUACCAAAUGUCAAAGCUACCUUUGUGGCAAACUGCACAAAUUCUCCUUGUUACACAAAAAGUGCUCUGUUGAGCUAUCAUUGGAGAUUAUUCCAAGAGACCAACGAGGCAUGGUCAGAACUUCACCAAAUGCAAGAAAUCAGAGGAACUAGAGCGAAUUCGAAUUUUUUCACUAUCAAUCCCGAUGCAAUUAUUCCAGGCAGAAAGUAUCGUCUGACCAUCGAUGUAGAAAAUAUGAAUGAUGAUUCCUCCAAAGGCUUUUCUGCGUGGCUUUUUGAAAGCAGCACCAUUCCUUUUGGUGGGUCUUGCACGGCAAGCAAAUUAUCUGGAGUUGCUAUUCAAACCGUCUUCACUCUUAAAUGUGCUAACUGGAACGAUCCAAACACACCUCUUCUUUAUGAAUUUCUGCUACCCCUGGCAGAAGGACUUAGUGCCAUUUUGUCUUAUAGUUAUUCCACUGCUACAGAGAUAAUGCUACCUCCCGGUGAAUUCGUGAAAAACUAUUCCUUAACAAUCGACGUGGUAGUUGCAAGCUCCAUUGGUUCUAGUUCUAGUACUUCUUUAACGAUGCAGGUGAGCCGUGAAUUUGAUUGGAGGCAGGUAUAGACACAAGUAUGGUUUUUGAUAAAAGUUUGCAGUUAUGAAAACCUAUUGGGUAUUGGGGAAAACUCUGUCAUAUCACCCAAACUUCCUGCUGAAAGAUACUCCCUGAUAUUCUCUUUUCAAUUUUCAGGUUUUUCCUUGGCCUAUGAUGAGUACCAAAAACGCGUCAGGCGAAAUACUCCAUCUCUUGAAAAAGCACUUCGUCGUCCAUAGUAGUAGAGGAGACGUUACACGGGCUACCCAGAUGGCCAUUGCUGUUUUAAAAUCCUUAGAGCUACAGAAAGACGAAGUUAUCAAUAUAGAAGAGAGACGCCAGGUAGCGAGUUGGUGACAAGUUUAGUAAAGAAAGUUUAGGAAAACAGAAACGGGUAUUCUUUGUUUCACAGUGAUAUUGCUGUUGAUAAGAACAAAGGCAUAACAGCAAAAUUACUUGAAUGAAAGUUAAAGAUUGCUUUCGUUCUCAAAUUUUCUUACUGUUUGUACUCGUCUAGAUAGAUACGUAUGCCUUUUCGUUCGAGACUUGAUUACGUGAUAAGAUACCUUUUUCACCAUUCUCCAUUACUAGAUGAUGUAAGAAGCUCCUAUUCCACUAAAAUCACUGUUAGGUUAUGGAAAUGCUUUCGAGAAUUAAAGUGCCGGUCAUGGAAUAAUAAGGAUAGUUUGCUAGAUGCAUCAUUAACAAAAGAUACUGUCGCUAAAUUUAGGAAAAACGCAGUGAUGUUCAUUAAAAGGUGGAUAAAAUUUAACUAGGUAGUCUUCAGCCGAAAGAUUCCAAAAUAGCCGCGCUAAAAUUACCGGUGCACUCUUUCUAUUGGUCGAGUUAAAAAGGUAAUGCUCAGAAGGCAUGAGUAUAGAAAAAGCGGUCGUGGGUCAAAAUAAUAUGCUUGUCGAACUAAAAGGGUUUCAGAAUAAAUUAAUUAAUUGAUUAUCUCUUUGGACACAAUACACUGAAGGUAAUAAUUGGUUCCUCUGUGCUGCUUAUCAGGUAUUUCCUAUUUGUUACAUCCACUUGGUAUGAUGUGUGCACUCGGUAUGAAUAAAGUUCUUAUUUUCUAGAUCAAAAGCCUCAUCGUAAAGACUUUGAGCAAGAUAGAUAUCGGAGACCUGAGGAAGCUCAUUCAACUCUCUUCUGUUAUUUCUCUUACGAUGAAUGAUCCAGCAGAGAUUACAGCGGAUACUAUGGUUAGUCUUUCAUCUUAGUCCUAUUUUCACGAUUGUAUUGUUGAUGCAAUGUUUUCCAUUCUUCCAUGUUGCACCUUCGCAGCUUUAACUGACAAUUCAUUCAUAUGCCACCCUUAUUGUACUAAGGGCCUUAAAAAUGUACUGAACAUUAUAAUGUCCUGAGUUUUAGAGAUAACUCAUUUCCUAAAGAUAGAAAAGCUGCCUUACAUUCCAAUUUCUUUCGACCGGCUAGAAUUGAUGAUCACGUCAAAUAAAGAGAGGAGACGUUACGAAACAGAAUUCCCUUCUGCAGACAGUGUUACAGGCACCUGGUUUAUCUGAAACAAUGCUCCAAGAAACCUGCGUGUUAUUUGAAUUUUUCUAUGUGAGGAGCGAGUUGACACUGCAUGGAAAAUGAGUCGGAGAUAUGUGAAAAUAGUUUAAUUGCUAUUUGAGAGGCUUAAGUAAGCCUCUAUGUGCUUGCUUGACUAUCGUUUUUAGGCAGUCACGGCAAGAAACAGUCCAUUUUAACAGCAUGAUAGCAGAGUUAAUGCACAUUAUGAAAACAACAAGGUUUGCAGCACACAGCUGUCAAAUGAUCUCUCCUGGGUACGCCCUAAAUCCUAAACACAAGCCUUUCUCUCAAUCGGCAGGAACUUAUAAUGGAGAUGGUGCAGAAGAUGACAAAGUUAUUUGACGAUAUCAGUGCUAGAGGGUAUGCAUUUGAUAUGCGUUAUUCUCGAAUAGCCGAGAAGAAUCUGGUUUACUCAAUAGGAAAACAGCUUCAAGUUUUAUCUAGUGACAAUGGUGCUAUAGAGGGCUCUAGUUCCCAAAACAUAACUGUAAGUAUUAACCAGCAGCCGUUCUUUUCUACAUAGCUUUUUAGUCUCUGGUUGUGUUAAUGUUGCAUAAAUGUCUUUAAAACUUCUUCAACGUGGACAUGGAGCUCUUUAUGCUUGCUUCUACUCUUAUCCGUCUUUGUAUAAUCUCCCUAAUAGCAUUACCGGAGAAAGAUUAGAGGAUUAUGUGUUGUAAAACUUGAUCAAGGCUUUCGGUAAAGUGGGGCAAGCGAAAAAACGGGCGUGAGAAAUGGUGAAUCUCUGCUAGACAUUAUUUUUUUCCUUCUGACGAACAAAUUUUUCUCUCGCGCUAUUUUCACGAUCGUCUCCUCUAAUUCGGAGGGUACAGGCCAUGUGUUGUGGUCUCACCAACCACACCUGAAUGAACUCUAACAUUGAUGAAACCAUGAUAAUCAGGGCAAAACUCUGAAUGCAUAGAUGAUGAAACUUUCAGUCAGGGCCCAUUUGAGAUAAGGAGUAUCUUACUAAAUUUUUAUCUUGAACGAGAGUAAGGCUGAAUGAUUUAUUUAUUAAUGGUUGUGAUUUCUUCGCGUUAACUUUGUUUUGACGGACGAGCAACUGGAGGGAAACCUGAUCCGUGAACUGAUCUAGCCCUCAGUAAUCAUCUAGGUCAGUGAAAAGGAAACAUUUUAAAGAUCCCUUCAAAGCACAAAAAAAUUGAUUCUUGACGGCUCUAAAGUGGUGCUGGGAUUUAUUCUUUUGACACAUUGUAGUCUCAGACGCCAUAUGGUCUGUUGGUCUAGUUGCUGGUCCUUCCCUUCGUUCGUGCGUUUUCGAAAUUGAAGGGUUAGAAAACGAACAAAAACCAAACCAUUCUGGUGUGCUUGCAACUCUACUCCUUUAGUUCUGUGAGUUAAGGUUAAUUAAAACUUCCACAACCCUUCCUGUUGGCUGCAGCUUACUUAAUGUUUGUUUUUUCAUUAUAGACCUCUUUGGAAAUUAUGCGUAGAGUGUUGCAGACUGUAAUCAAGGGAAAAGUUGUCGGAGAGGACCCAAGUGUGAUAAAAACGGAACUUUUGGAGGCUCUUGUCGCAAGAAGUCAUCCAGAAUAUGUGGCAGGUUCUUUACUUACCUUGGACACAUGUUACGUUCAUUUUCCUGAGUCACAAAUUAUGAGAGACAUGCUUUCUGGCACUGGGGAGUACGUUGACUUAGAGGUAUGAUUAUGUUUGUCAUAUUUGGUUUGUGAUCUGAAAUCUGACUCUGAAAGCUAGUAGUAGGAUAAACCAUUUGCAAAGCCGAUUAACAAGUAGAGGAAGAGUUUUAUAUAACGCUGCAUUCGAUUCCAUUCGACGCGCUCAAAAAUUGAAGUGCAACUUGGGAUUUUUGGGGAUUUGUAUGGCUAUGCUUUAUGUGUGUUUUGUGGGAAAUAAUAGUUCGAUGAUGCAAAAAACUCAGGCCAAAAGCAUCCACGAUCAUUUUUUCGUUUCAGGUAAUUUCGUCGAAAGUCAACUAUUAUAAACAGAGUACCACCUCGUCAUUCAUUACAUCAUAUAUUGUUGAGGUUGAUUUAAGAAGAGACUCUGGCGAAGUCCUUAAUGUGCGGAACCUUACCACCGACAUACAACUAGGAAUAGAACUCCUCAACGGCAAUGGAAGUUCACCUGAAAAUGACUCUGUUUUUGAUCAGGAAAACAAAUAUUUUGUUAAGCCAGGAAACAUCCAGUAUCACAGAAUUGAAGUGAAUCGCGAACGAACCUCAUACCUCAUAACAAUGGCGUCUACGGGAAAUUUGAACGUUUUGGUGAAAUAUGAUAGCAAGCCAACAACGGAUGAUUUUGAUGCAAAUUUCACUGUUCCAGACUAUUCUUCAUGCACGAGAAAUUUUAUUAUCGAUGGGGAUGAUGAAGAAUAUAACUGCAGUCGUCAUCCAAAUCAACUGCUUUUGACAAAUGCAGUAAUACAAAAGCCUGGAGUUUAUUUUUUAGGAAUCCUUUAUACUCAACACUCCUCCCCUGGUAGCAGUUCCCAUCGUAUGCGGAGGUCUUGUUUUAGCGCCAACAGGCAAAAACGGUCAUGUAUCGAGACAAAAGACCCUCCACCCCCUCUGGGUGUUUACGAGUAUGCUACCAUCCCAGCUUAUGAUCCACGCGUUGACGUGAACUACACACUUGUCUCAGAUGAACUCAGCUGUCGAUUUUGGUCACAUGAAGAUCAGAAAUGGCUAACUGAAGGCUGUAAGGUAUACUGCUAAAAUUUAUUUGGAAAAAGAGGCUUACGGUAUGAUUUGAUUUGGAUUGUUACACCGGACGAUGCCGCCGGAGCAAUCACGAUAUAGAAAAAGUAAUAAACGUCAGGUGUUUGGAAAGAUCUGUAAUUAAGGGUACCUAUGCAGGAGAGGUAAACUAUGUGCUAAUCAAAUCUCGCCCCAAGACCUCUUUCAGUCCAAACUUCCUUCAGGUAUGGUAUCGUAUAGCUUUUUCAAAAACUAAAUUCGGCUUGUGUUGUAGGGCAACAUGGUAUAUUACACUAUAAUACAAUCACAUCAGUAAUUCUUUUUCCUUUGCACCCCAGGUCGGACCUGAGUCCAAUAAGCAUCGUCUUCUUUGUCUUUGUAACCACCUUACAUCGUUCGCUGGAGGCCUUCUAGUAGCACCCAAUCCAAUUGACAUUGAUACCGUUUUUAAAGAGCUCAGCCGCCUCGACGAAAGUGGUAACUUUGGUGUCCUUCUUACGAUCAUUUUCGCAUUUUUUUUGUAUUGUAUUGCCUUCGUCCUCGCCAAGAGGGCGGAUAGAAGAGAUCUUGCCAAGGUAAGGAUUCAACCGGUCGUUAGGCGUUUGAUAACUUUUAUUAAUCAUUUUGGGUCUCCUUCUCUUAUUCAUAUCUAUUUUCCUUCAGCGUGGGUCUAGGAUUCUGUUGGAAACUGAAGAGUGUCUAGUCGCUCAUCAGUAUGAGCUCACAAUCAGCACAGGUGUGUGGUCAGAAAGUGGCACCACAGCCAGAGUAACUAUGGUGUUUUACGGUAGCCAUGGAAGCAGUGGACCAAUCACUCUGCGCGGUAACCUGUAUCCUCCGCGGUUGCUGCUAUCUCGCGGUAGUGUCGACAGGUACCUUGUCUCACUUCCAGCAUCCCUUGGAACUUUAACCCACGCUUAUGUUUGGCAUGAUAACUCUGGAGAAAGUCCUUCUUGGUUCUUGGACUACAUAGUUGUUAGGGAACAAAAAACGAGUCAAGAAUGGAAAUUUUUAUGCAAUCAGUGGUUUUCUCCCAACAAGGACGAUGGAAAAAUUGCUAGGAAGUUGUUGGUCGAGAGCAUAAACUCAUUUCCUGAAUUCCAAGAGACAUUCCGCGCGCGCCUGUCUGGUACACUGUAUGAAAAACAUUUAUGGAUGUCUUUAGUUACUAAACGGCCGGGAAGUUCAUUUACACGAACUCAACGUGUCACGUGUUGUUUGUGCGUCAUAUUCAGCGCCAUGCUGGCCAAUGCAAUGUUUUUUAACAUGGGUGGUGAACCUACGGAGAGUACAAUCAAACUUGGUCCAUUAAAGAUUUCGAUGAAGCAAAUCAUAAUAACAAUUCAAAGCUGCUUGAUAAUAGCUCCUAUCAAUUUCCUCAUUGUUGCCCUCUUCAAAAACUCCAGGUCAAAAUUCGACAAGUAUUGUUGCAAUCAGUCAAGUGAAAAGGAAGAUCAACAUUCCGUGGAAGUGGAUGACGAUGGAAACAAGCCCCUGCACCAUAUUUUUCUUUACGUUGCUUGGUUUCUUUGUUUGGCCACUUCCAUAACCUCUGCCACAGUCGUGUUCUUCUACAGUCUUAUGUGGGGUAAGGAGACGGCCGAUGAAUGGCUUUCAUCAAUCCUGAUGUCCAUAACCAUGGACAUCCUUGCAAUUCAACCCGUGCGCCUUGUCAUGCUAACCGCAGUCGCUGCCAUAAUAAUAACCAAAGCAAAGAGGACAAAAGCGAAGCUCUCAUCUAAGAUAAGGUAACCUCAGUACCCUCAUUAUGUCAGUAUACCAGUAAACGUCUGUCUGUGCUUUGCCUCUACUUUAAAUCCUAGGUAUAUUACUAUCUAUUGAAUGGUUAUCGUUCGAUUAUACAGCCGUUUUUUAACCGCUUGUGAGGCUAUUUGGGCUCCUUUUAAACUCUUUUAGAUCCUGCAGGUGUGGUUGCGCCCCAACCCCGGGGUAUUGCUGUUUUCUUUCUGUCUGUGCAAGGUCUUAAAGUUAGGGUCACUACAGGAGAGACUACAAAACCGUCAUUUCAAAUACAACAAAGCAAAUUUCGAGUAGGUGUUGGAAGUAAUCUAGGGUGUUGCAUUUGCAUCUGGUUGGAAUUUUUCUUUAAGCUGUGCGACGCUGUGGCGGUAACUCGCUCUAGAUUUUUUUUUUCCCAGUUAAGAACAAAAUUUAAACAAUGUUCACUUUCCGGUCACCUGUAUUUGCAUUAAAUUCCCAUUUGGCAUCACUUAAAUUUCUCUUGCUCUGAUUUGUUAUAUUUUUCUUCUCAAUCUGUUUUCAGCCCACCAGACAUGUGAGAAAUAUAUUUUUUAAAGUCAUCAACAACUAAAAACAUGUCUUCCUAUUGCAGAUCUCUGGCACGGAGGGACAAUGGGAAUGAUGAACCACCUGAUAGUUUUAAAGGAGCCUUGCCGGAUGCUAUGCAGUUGGAAGGUUACAAAAAGUACAGAAUCAAUGUAUCGAGAACUGUGUCGGCAUUCCAAUCUUUGACGUUCUUCGUUUCAUUUCUUUUGAUACUUGGGAUUGUGUGUUAUGGAAACCAAGAUUAUCACCAAUAUCUGAUAGGUAGAGAAGUUAAGGCUAUUUUACCACGAAGUGAAAAGGUAAAGAUGUCAUGCAUGCUAGAAAUGUUCAUACCUUUGUCGCUGUGUAAAGUUUUCCCCGAUUAAAAAACAGAUAAAAAAAACAUAGAAGAAAACCUUAAAGCAACGAAGUCCUCGAUGUAGCACAUAAUCUCCGAGGCCCAAAUUUUAAUUAUCCUGAUAUCAUGAUCAUUGCCAAUAAAACGUUACAAACGAAGGUACACUGAAUACGAAAUAUACUUUACUUUCCAGACAUGGCUUUAUUUCGGCACUUUUGUCAUUUCGUGACUUAUUUUAGAAAAAUGUUGAUGUUUAGAACAUUCAUAAUAGAUUUUAGUAGAAAUCCUGAGUAAUUUUUGGGGCUAUCUGUCGGAAACAAAAGGCCUGAGAUCUAGAAAAGAGCGAUCAAGUACAAUUAUAAGCAAUUGAAGACUUUGUGGAUUUCAUUUGAAUAUUGAAAUUUUUAUAAUCGUUAUGGUAAUAUAUAUGUAGUGUACCUGUUUAUAGUUAACUACAUAUUUAUCAGUGACACCUUUUGGGGGUACUUUCAGGUACAUGAAGCGUUAGGUUUGUGGAUGUGGUUGAUGAACAUUUAUGCUCCUGCUAUGUACACAUCACAUUGGUACAACGGCGAUAAGGGAAACAACGAGAUGUACAUCAGUGACAUGAGCUCUGUGUUGAUUGGCAUGCCACGGAUCAGACAACUGAGGAUCGAAAGAAGUAAGCGUGGUGUAAAAUAUUAUAUUUUACUAUCAUUACUUUGUAUUCCACUACUUAUUUGUUAUUUCGAGAGGAACGAGUUACAGUUUUCCCUUUUUGUGUGUGUUUGGAUUUUUCAACUUCGAUGAAACAGUUUUCUUACGAAAUCGACUUUUCACAUAAUCGAGUUUUAUCGCUUUUUUUUCUGCUUGGACUUCGGCACGGCAUCCUAUUGCACGAUUAAAUUUCAGUCUUCCAGGGUGAAUAUUUGAUGACAAUAGGAAUAUUCAAAUACGGAUCCUUCUCUUCUUACAAGGACCUUUCAUUUAAAGAUAAAAUAGUGCAAAGGAAAAGGAUAUAAAUGCUUUUUAAUUAAGAAUAAUGCUGGAAAUUUGGGGUUUGGAUCUACGCUGUCACUUGGUAGUUUCCAUUCGUUGGAAACCCUUUACACUCGUGGGUGGUGAGAUGCGGUUAGACUUAAGUGUGUUGCCCGAAAACAAAACACUAAACCCGACCAGGCCUCGAACCACAGCCUUGCGGACUAACAUUGGGCCUUUACGGCUCACCGAAAAAACUUACCUGCAUUGACAGCGUUCAAUAUCUGCUCAGUGUAGAAUUUGCCGCUCCCGACCCGUCGCAAGAACGUUGUUUUCUGGUCUUACAAGUAAACUACCUGUGAUGAGAAAUUCUUUUUACUACCUUUCUUAUAUUCGCUCAAUUUACUUGUGCUUACUGUAGUAAUGUUAGUGCAUUUCUUUUCUAUUCGAUAGACUCAUGUCCUAAGAGGCUCGUGGAAAUCUGUAACGUUACUGAAGUUUGCUAUCCUCACUAUGCCAUUUGCCGUGAAGAUAAAACACCAAUGUACCUCCCAAAAUGGAAACUUCCUCCAACUGUUCUUUCAUCGUCCUCGUUUGAUAGAUUGUGUCCAAAGCCUUGGCGGUAUCAUACCUCAGAAGAAACUAACAAUUUACCAAAAGUAACCCCUCGAGAAACAUAUGGAGGAGGUGGUUAUGUGGCUGAUCUUGGAUAUGAUUUACAGACAGCAAGAUACGUUAUGGAAAACUUAAAUGAGAACAGCUGGAUCGAUCGGCGAACUCGAGCCGUCGUCUUGGAAUUUAACAUUUUCAACAGUAACAUGAACAUCCUCGUGGUCGCACAGUACUUCUUCGAAUUCCUACCAACAGGUGGAGUUUUCAAAUAUGUUAGUGUGCAAAUGUUGAAUUUGUAUGGAACAGAGACUGGUUUGGUGCAAGUUGUCUUACUUUAUCGCCUUCUUCUUCUGGUCAUGAUCAUUGCUUUCAGUGUAAUUCAAGUGGUCAAAAUGUACCGUCAAAGAAAGUCAUACUUCAAAAGCUUUUGGAACUGGCUUAUUCUUGCCCUCAUCAUUACUUCUAUAACUUCUGUAGUUCUUCACAUCUUUCGAGAGAGGGCCGCCAAAGACACCAUAAAGGAACUUCAGAGGAACAUUUAUGCCAUGGUCAGCUUCCACAAACCUUUACGUUUGCUGCACUUUGAAACUGCUGCUCUGUCCAUCGUCAUCUUUCUGGCGACAGUUAAGCUGCUGAGACUCCUACGUUUUAGCAAGCAAACAGUAUUUCUGUCGAUAACAGUUCGAUUUGCUGGAAAAUAUUUGUUUUCCUUCUCGUUCGUUUUCAUUAUCAUUUUCUGUUCGUUUGCCAUGUCUGGUAUGAUGGCGUUUGGAUCUAUUGUGGAGUCCUAUUUCAGUUUCCCACGUGCCUGUGUGGCUCAGUUUGAAUUCCUACUCGGAAAGGCUGUGCCCAAUUUUCAAAUGGCAAGAGUAAACCCUUUUCUUUCCUUUGUGUUUUUUAGCCUUUACAUUUGCUCUAUGACUGUCUUUUUCCUCAAUCUAUUCAUCGUCAUUUUGAACUGUGCUUUGGAGGAGGUUAAGAAUAAUCUUGAUUCUGUGGCAGAUGAGCUCGACUUGGCCGAAUUUAUGAUUAGUUACUUAUUCCAGGGCAUUUCUAAUCUAUUUGGCUGGAAAAAACGCAAGAACUGCAAACUCUAUUGCGAGAGUAUGACUUUUGAAGAUGAAUGCGCCUAUGUUGAGAAAUGUCUUAUUGAAAUCGAUCAAAGACUCUUCAUAUUGUCAGAGCGCACCUUUCCGGAAGAGCGUUACCGUUUAAAGAAAGAUCGGAUGGUGAAUACAUCCCUGUUCCAGACGCAGUCUCAUUUGAUUAAUAGUGAAACAGGCUCUGACAGAAAAGUAACAUCCCUUCAACAAGCAGAUAGAAGGAGUAUGAGCGAAGAAGAAACUCUUGAUAGUCCUGAAAGAGAAGUUGUAGUGGAAGUGGACUGCGAUCCCUCAAAUUUCACCGUGAAAGAAAUGACAGAAAAUUGUGAACAAACGAUAAAUCGAACGGCCUCCCCUUCGCAAAUACAUAUGGCCACUGAACACGAAGAGAAUUAUUAA